AGCCGCUGUAACCAGAGACCACCGGGCAGGUGUGUCCGGUGUGUCCGGUGCCACGGUUCUGCUGCCGGAGGCGGAAACGAACCAAAGCGGAUCCAUGUUCGAUAAUGAUGAUGAUGAACUCUGAGAAGAUGAAGAAGAAACCUCCAAAGGACAGUUUGACUCUGCUGCCAUGUUUCUACUUUGUGGAGCUGCCCAUCGUGGCUUCUUCUAUGGUGUCUCUGUACUUCCUGGAGCUCACUGAUGUGGUGCAGCCGGCUCAGGUGGCGUUCCGCUGCCACGACCGCGAGCUCAGCAUGCCGUACGUCGACGGAGGAGACGAGCUGAUCCCUCUGCUGAUGCUGCUGAGCCUCGCCUUCGCCGGACCGGCUGCCUCGAUCAUGCUGGUUGAAGGUCUCAUCUACUGCCUGCAGUCCAGACUGAAGCUCCGUCGUCCUGAAGGAAGCAUCAACGCAGGAGGCUGCAACUUCAACUCCUUCCUGAGGAGAACGGUGCGCUUCGUAGGUGUGCAUGUGUUCGGUCUGUGUGCGACGGCGCUGGUCACUGACAUCAUCCAGCUGUCGACGGGUUACCACGCUCCGUUCUUCCUCACCGUCUGUAAACCGAACUACACACAGGUCGGCGUCUCCUGCGACAGAAACGCUUACAUCACUAAAGACAUCUGCUCGGGUCACGACCAGCACGCCAUCACGGCCGCCAGGAAAACCUUCCCUUCCCAGCAUGCAACUCUGUCUGCCUUUGCUGCUGUUUACGUUUCUAUGUAUUUUAACUCGACCAUCUCCGACAGCACCAAGCUCCUUAAGCCGGUGCUGGUGUUUGCGUUUGCCAUCGCGGCGGCCCUGACGGGUCUGACCCAGAUCACGCAGCAUCGCAGUCAUCCCGUCGACGUGUACGCGGGCUUCCUCAUCGGAGCCUUCAUCGCUGCCUACCUGGCCUUUCACGCUGUCGCCAACUUCAAGUCCUCUGAUGACAUCACUCUGACCCCUCCCCCCCCGCUGCCGAAGGAGGACCCUCUGCGAGCACUGACUGAGCGAGGACACGAGUCCGUCUACAACAAGGGCCCGGCCUCCGCCUCGGAGAGUAACGAUGAGAUUGCGGCGGCUCCGGCCCCGAUGGACCGGCUGGAGGGUCUGGGGCCCCUGCAGAGGGAGAAGGCCUCCAUGGGGAGCCUGAAGAGGGCCAGCGUGGACGUGGAGCUGCUGGCUCCUCGGAGCCCCAUGGGGAAGGAGACCAUGCUGACCUUCAGUAACACGCUGCCCAGGGCCAGCAUGAAUGUGAAUGGUUUGGGGGCCAACCCGGGACCAGAGGAACCGGUGCAGCCGGUGCAGCCGGUGCAGCCGGUGCAGCGGCGCCUGAAGGCCGUGCAGGUUCCGAUGGACCCGAUGCGGUCGCAGCAGCUGGUGUCGGAGUGGAAGCAGAAGUCGAUGGAGAUGAGAGGUCUGAGUGUCCGGGACGAGACGGAGGUCAGCGAGGACGGGUCUGAUGUGGGUUCUGUGGGGACAGACGGGGGGUCUCAUGUCCCCUUAUACCAGACCGCAGUGCACUCUGGGAGGGCAGCCUCUAGUCGGAACCCCACUACAUCUCCAGGGGGCGCCAAAGCUGUGGCGACUCCCAGACCGCCUCAGAUUCCUGAAGCUGGACCCCCACCGGUGUCCCCAAAGAGCGCCCUGACCCGGGCCAAGUGGCUCGCCAUCAGAGAGAAGACCAGCAUGGAGGGCUCAGGCCGCGGGACUACCACCCAGCCACGACUCAUGCAGGUCAUCGCCAUGUCGAAGCAGCAGGGCCUCCUCCCCUCCUCCUCCUCGGGGGAGAAAUCCUCUGAGACCACCUCCACCUGCUCCGGCACCUCCUCCACCACCGACUCUCCGCACUACCGCCCCGCCUCUGAGCAGCAGCGGGAGGGGUCGGGUAUCAUCACUGUUGAUGCCCACGCCCCUCACCAUCCUGUCGUCCAAGCCCAACCCCCUCUUCAAGCCCCGCCCCUCGCAGGUAACGGUUCCCCGUGGGAGUGGGCGGGGGCAUCCAAUGGGGGUGACCCUCGAGACACCUACGACCUCAACAGCCUGAACCGAGGAGACUCGGCCGCCCGCGGCAGCAGUUUUCGGCCCCAUCGAUCCGCCUCGCCAUGCACCGCGGUCGGCCACGAUAUGACCCCGCACCCACCCCACCCACAGGUGGAGAUGCCCGCAGACGCUCAGCGCAGGGAGAUGGCCAUGAGACGCAAGACAGCACUAGUUCUGUUGGAUCGAGAGAUUCGUAACCAGACUGAACAGGAGAACUAUUAUAAGAGUUUGCAGGGACGAAGGUUCAAGGAUUAGUCUUUUUCCUUUUCAAAACAAAAGCCUUAUUUUGAAAGUGGUCACCAACAGCACCGACCCGGACAGUGUGGACCCUGGUGCUGUUCAUCUAUUGGGCUUCAUGUGUCGGUUGGAGCUGUAAGAGAUGAGGCUCGGGUUAGGUGCUCGGUAGCUCAACACUCUGGACCGCUUUCUCUCAACACAAAAGACGUAUUACAUGUUUUAAAACUU